AUGGUCUCCUCUUGCCGAUCACCCCCCGGACUGGCAAGACUCUCCAUAUUCCUCAUCCUGGGCGCUGCAAAUGUAAAUAUCCUCAGGGCGUCCGAGCCAGCUCUCAACCAACAACCCCAUUCUUCCGACAUAAGCCAUCUGCCUAUCAACCCAACAAACCCAGCUCCUCCCCUUGCCCCCAGCCAAGUCAUCAAUGGCACCACCGGCACCUCGAAUUUCGACUUUCAAGUGACCCCAGCUCCGCCCGGGUUUGAAUCUUGGAUAUCCCCUGUGGUGCUCCCCUCGCCCGCUCAACAGGGGCCCUCCGCCUGGACCAGCUCCAUCCAACGCGCCAAACAGUUUGUUGCCCAGCUUACCAUUGAGGAGAAGGUCAAUCUGACAACGGGGGCAGGCGUCCAAGGUCGCUGUGUCGGAGAAACAGGAACCGUGCCCAGAUUGGGCUUCACUCAACCGAUUUGUUUACAGGAUGGCCCGGUUGGUAUUCGGUUCACAGACUUCAACUCGGUCUUUCCGGCUGGCAUCAAUGCCGCGGCUACCUUCGAUAAAAACCUCAUGUUCAAGCGGGCCAAAGCAAUGGCAGAAGAGUUCAGGGAUAAAGGUGCCAAUGUUGUCCUGGCACCAAUGACUAACCUCAUGAGGACUCCCGAAAGCGGCCGCGCUUGGGAAGGUCCGGGAGCCGACCCCUACAUGGCAGGUGUUGCCACCGUACAGGCCGUCCUCGCCAUCCAAUCCACUCGAGCUUCGGCUUGCGUCAAGCAUUACAUUGCCAACGAACAGGAGCAUUAUCGAGGGGGGAGUGGUGGGACAGCCUCAAGUUCUAACAUCGACGAUCGUACCCUUCGUGAACUGUAUGAUUGGCCUUUUGCUGAAGCAAUCCGGGUAGGAGUUGACUACGUGAUGUGCUCGUACAACCGAAUCAACCAAACCCAUGCUUGUGAAAACUCGAAGCUGAUCAACGGUAUCGUGAAAGGGGAAUAUCAAUUUCAAGGUGUCUUGGUUACAGACUGGGCAGCGACCGUAUCCGGCGUCCGAACGGCUCUGGCCGGUGCCGACAUGAACAUGCCUGGUUUUAUGGCAUACGGCCAACCCUCGGAGCCCAACCCUGCGACGGCGAACAGCUCUUACUGGGGGUUGAAGAUGAUCGAGGCCGUGAAUAACGGCUCGGUUCCAAUCCAAAGGCUGGAUGACAUGGUCACCCGUGUCAUGUCGACUUACUACAAGCAAGGUCAAGAUAAGGAAGAUUAUCCGAGGCUGAACAUGAUGAGUAUCGGACAAGGCACCCCAGAAGAACAGGCCAGAUUGAACAAGCAUGUCAAUGUCCGAGCCGACCAUUACAAGCUAAUCCGUGAAAUUGGAGGAGCAUCCACUGUCCUACUCAAAAACCUCAAUCACACCUUGCCGCUCAAAUCACCGAAGGAAAUGAGAACAGUCGUAGUCAUUGGCAGCGAUGCUGGCGACAAUCCCCGGGGUAUCAACUCUUGCACUGACAGAGGAUGCAACAACGGUACGCUAGCAGCGGCAUGGGGAUCGGGUACCGCGAACUUCCCGUACUUGAUCGCACCAGCUACUGCCAUUCAAAACUACUUGAUGCAAGCCAAUCCGACGAUCUCUUAUCAAUCAAUCUUCGACAAUUAUGCCUACAAUGAGAUCGGUAAUGCUAGCGUGUCAGCCGACGUCGCCAUCGUACAUGUCAACUCCAAUUCAGGCGAAGGCUAUAUCACUGUUCAGGAAAACGCCGGGGACCGAAACAACAUGAGCUUGUGGAACAACGGCGACGAUCUGAUCCUUCGAACCGCUCAAGUUUGCAACAAUGUGGUCGUUGUCAUCCACUCCGUUGGCGCAGUCGACAUGGAAGCUUGGAUCAAUCAUCCCAACGUGACAGCCGUAUUGAUGGCCGGACUGCCUGGACAAGAAAGCGGAAACGCGGAGGUUGAUGUGCUAUGGGGGAAAGUCAAUCCAUCAGCAAGAUUACCUUACACCAUCGCCAGGAAACGCUCCGAUUAUCCUGCCGAGAUCCUUUAUAAAUCUGACAUGCCAGUCCCUCAAAUAAACUACUCGGAGCAACUACAGAUUGAUUAUCGCCAUUUCGAUACUAACAACAUCGAACCUCGGUUUGAAUAUGGCUUUGGCUUGUCUUACACGACCUUCAAGUAUGACUCGUUAAAAAUCGCCAAGCCAACCAAGGCUCGUGCCCAGCCGAGUCCUCCCGGGCCAUCAUCGCCACAGAAAUCGAUGUCCUUAAACCCAUCAUCCAGCACGCCAGAUCUGUAUGAGAACAUUCUUAGCGUGGAAUUCCGAAUUACCAAUACCGGCCAACUGCCUGGUAAUGAGGUUGCCCAAUUGUAUGUUGGCUUCCCCGCCCAAGUCAAUGAACCACCCAAGGUCCUGAGAGGGUUUGAACGAGUCUUCAUCCCCAAGGGGCAAACCAAAACCGUCUGUCUGGAACUUCGGAAGAAAGAUUUGUCUUAUUGGGACGUAAUCUCUCAAUCAUGGAAACUUCCAAACGGGAUCUUCAAGUUCAUGGUUGGAAGCAGCAGUCGGCAAAUCCUCCUGAGCGACGAGCUCGAGCUUUAG